AUGAAUUUGAUCAAGAAAAAAUUGCAGACCCUUCCUAAGGAUUACAGAGCCAAAAUCAUGCUUAGACUCUAUGCAGGUGUUGCUAAGCCAAGUCCCAAGAUGGGUCAAUCUUUGGGUCCUUUGGGAAUCAAUAUGAUGCAAUUUUGCAAGGAAUUCAAUGCUGCAAGUUAAGCCUUCAGACCAGAUGUUCCCUUGAGAGUUUAGGUUAUUGCCUUUCCAGAUAGAACAUUCAAAUUCCUGAUCAAGCCACCUGAAACUACCUGGUUUCUGAGGAAGGCCACUGGCACUGAUAAAUUCACCAAUUUCCCUGGUUAUAUAUGGUACGAUACGAUCUCUUUGUAACAAGUUUAUGAAAUAGCCAAAGUGAAACAAGAAAUGGAUCCCCACUUGAAGCAUGUCUCACUCCCUGCCAUCUGUAGGAUGAUCAUAGGAUAGCUGGCAUCUUUGGGAUGCAAUUUGUCCACACAGUAUUUCAAGCCAGAAACCGUUGUUAGACCAGAAAUAAAGAGUUGA